AUGCCGAGCAAGCAGGCGAACGAUGUGCUGGCGGUCGAGGAGCUGGUGCACGAGAUUCGCGAAAACUUACGCCUGAAAGCGAAACCCGCCCACCAACCGACGCGGAGUUCGCGGCCCUCGCCCUACCACAUACCGUGCCGCUCGUGGUCGGAACCGGUCUGCGGCGGCGUCGGUGUCCUCGGGGCGGCGGACAAAAAGGUCGUCGGCAAGGCGAAAAAGAAAGACGACCAGACGAUAGACGAUCCGUACGAGUUUCUGCAAACCCUGCUGAAGAACAACAACCUGGUGAAGGAGGCGGUGCGCCGGUUGCAGCACGGGCUAUCGCCCAAGCAGCGCUACUUCUACGAGAGCGACGAGGAGUCGUCGCGCUCGCCGAUCGUGGUCAUGUGUCAGCUCGAGUCCUAA